GCCGGACAACAAACGCUGACGCACCAGACAUGCUGUGUUGCAGCCAAAUCUGUUCGGGUUAACAUAUGGGUGAAAGGUCCAGCGGUUCGACAGAUACUCACUUGCAAAAAUUCCUCUUGUAGCUGUAGCCGACCAGCAGGAAGUAAAAAUGUCAAAACAGCCACAGCCGAUCAGCCCAGUGAAGAACUUCUUCGCUGGCGGUUUCGGUGGAGUCUGCCUCGUCUUUGCGGGUCACCCCCUCGACACUAUUAAAGUGCGUCUACAGACUCAACCCAAACCCAAACCGGGUGAGAGCCUAUUGUAUGCGGGGACCAUUGAUUGCUUCAAAAAGACCUUAGCUAAAGAGGGAGUGAAGGGGCUUUACAAAGGUAUGGCAGCCCCCAUCAUCGGAGUCACCCCCAUGUUUGCCGUCUGUUUCUUUGGCUUCGGUUUGGGCAAGAAACUGCAGCAGAAAAGUCCCGAUGAUAUCCUCACGUAUCCACAGCUGUUUGCUGCAGGCAUGUUGUCCGGCGUCUUCACCACAGCCAUCAUGACUCCUGGCGAGCGAAUCAAAUGUCUACUGCAGAUCCAGGCUUCCUCUGGGACCGUGAAGUACGACGGGCCGCUUGAUUGCGUCAAGCAGCUCUACAAGGAGUCCGGCAUCAGAGGAAUCUACAAAGGCACCGCGCUGACUCUCAUGAGAGAUGUUCCUGCAAGUGGCAUGUACUUUAUGACGUACGAGUGGUUGAAGAAUCUCCUCACGCCGGCAGGAAAGAGCAAUUCCGAGAUUCCGGCGGGUCUCAAGGAGCUGCUGCAGGGAUAUACGGUGCAGGUUCUUCGCAAGAGGCCGCCGGACUUGGUGGAAUUUGCCGUGCAGCAUUUUACGCAAAUUCUGGAGAAGCGAAAGAAUGACAAGCCAGCUAAGAAGCGUGGCGGCAAAGCGGCACGGAAAGGCGUCACUUUUGCAACAAUCUCUGAUGAGAGUGCCCAGGAUGACAAAGAAGAGGGGGAAGAGAAGCUUGCUGAAUCCACCGCUGGUAAAUACAACCGCAGAGUUUCAGUUUGCGCAGAGGCCUACAACCCCGACGACGACGAGGAUGACGACGACGAGCCUCGAGUUGUGUACCCCAAAACGGACGAGCAGCGUCGCAGGCUUCAGGAUGCCUGCAAGGACAUUUUACUCUUUAAGACACUGGAGCAGGACCAGUUCUCGGAGGUUUUGGACGGCAUGUUCGAGGUGCAGGUCAAACCUCAGGAGCACAUCAUUGACCAAGGAGACGAUGGAGAUAAUUUUUAUGUCAUAGAGAGGGGCGUUUACGAUAUAGUGGUGACGAAGGACGGGGUGAGCGCGUGCGUGGGAAAGUACGACAACAAGGGCAGUUUUGGCGAGCUCGCUCUCAUGUACAACACGCCGCGAGCCGCCACCAUCGUGGCGGCACAGGAAGGCGCCUUGUGGGGCCUGGACCGGACGACUUUCCACAGGCUCAUUGUGAAAAAUAACGCCAAGAAGAGGAGGAUGUAUGAGGCCUUUGUUGAAUGCGUUCCCCUUCUGAAGUCUCUGGAGCUCUCGGAGAGGAUGAGGAUUGUGGAUGUGCUAGGAGCGCGAUGCUUCAAAGAUGGAGAGCGUAUUAUAGCGCAGGGAGACACAGCUGACUGUUUUUACAUCGUGGAAUCAGGACAAGUCAGGAUCAUGAUCAAAAGCAAAACGAAGGUAGGCCAGCAGGACGACGCGGAGAUCGAGGUGGCCCGUUGCUCUCGAGGACAAUACUUUGGGGAGCUCGCACUGGUCACCAACAAACCUCGAGCAGCGUCCGUUUAUGCUAUUGGAGAAACCAAAUGUUUAGAGAUUGACAUCCAGGCGUUUGAACGCUUGUUGGGCCCUUGUAAGGAAAUCAUGAAGAGGAACAUCUCCCAGUAUGAAGAUCAACUUGUGGCAUUAUUUGGCUCUAGCGUGGACUUAAAACACUAGCGUGUACUGUACAGUACGUUCUCCCCUCCUCCGCCCAUUUUUAUUAGUGUGUUGAUCAGAUGAAACUCAACACGGCUUUGAAAAAAAACAUGGCCCACAGAAAUAUCCCCGACUGGCUUUGACUAUUACGAUCAGAUUUGUUCUCUACAAUAAAAACUAUUCCCUUUA